GUGCUAGUAUACGCGUAUAUUGGCAUUGUCAACCAGACUCAACCUAGGCCCUAAACCAGUCAAAGGAUCUCAUUAGGGACGCUACCUAGGCUAGGUACCUCAAUAGUAGACAAAGCAAAAAAUAUACGACCCAUACGAUUGUUAGCGUCGAUAGAUGUAUAUUUGAUCUUUCAUAUUAGUGGAGUUUAGAUCCAAAUGCUACCUUUCCUCCAAGCCAGGCCAGGCACGAGCUCAUUCAGCUCUUGCCCACCUAUCUACUGCUAAGUCAGUAGCUUGCAUAGUACUCCAACUCUUUCUUUCCGCGUAGAAGCUUAUCUCAACACCCCAUCUCAAGCCUUGAAGCCUACCUUACCUAGGUACCUCGUAAAAACCAGCCGCAAAACUCUUGGUCUGGAUUUCAAUCGAACAGUUUCGGCAUCUCAUCCCAAAACACGCCACCAUACCUUUCGUGGUAGACAAUAAUGAUCUUGUGUUAACACCAUGGCCGACUCAUCCAACACCAACAAAGGCAUAGGGGGGCGUGUCCGGAGCGCCUCCAUAUCGCUCAUGAACGCGAACCCGCAGGUGGGCAUGUGGCAGGCGGCCGGCACCGUGAUCGCGCAGGCGCCCAACCUGACCGAGCUGCGCGUGUCUGAGCUGAGCGAGGGCCUCGAGUUCAAUGCGCAAGGGUACACGGCGCACACGGCGGUGCGGAAGGCCGACGGCGAGCUGGUGCCCAUCCGCACCGUCGAGACGCUGCGGAGCCUGGAGGAAGAAGGGCGGGAGCAGAGCCCAGGACCUCCGAGGCGGACCAACACGCUCCACGAGAAGUACAGGGACGAGCCGAAGGAGAAAUGGGGCCCGACGAUCGUCAAUGGCCUGAAGGCGCUUGGGAAGUUCUGUCGCACGCCGGUGGGGUUCUGUAUUAUGAUUUACUUUCUCAAUAUCGUGGCAUGGGGCGCCAUGUUAUUCUUCCUCCUCCUGGGCGUCGCCCCCGCGAUGAACUACCCCAACGCCGACGACGACAACUCGCCGCGGAAAAAGUGGCUCGAGAUUGACAGCCAGAUCCUCAACGCGCUGUUCUGCGUGACGGGGUUCGGGCUCGCCUUCUGGCGCUUCCGCGACCUCUACUAUUUCAUCCGCGUCGUCAGUUGCAAGGACAAGGACGCUAUGCAGAGGCUGGCGACGCAGAAUAAGGGGUGGUUUCGCCCGCCGGCGUGGGCCCGCGAUGACGAAACCCUGGGUAGCGAGCCGAGUACGGAGAAGCACGCGGUAACGUUUACGGGUAACGUGGCGCCGCCGACGGCGCUGUGGAAGCUGGCGUUCAAUAUCAUUAUGAUGGUGUUGAAUACGAUAAUCCAAUGCGUGUUGUCGUAUUAUAUGUGGGCAUACAACCGGCUGGAGCGACCUACAUGGGCGACGGGCACUUUUAUUGGAUUGGGCUGUGGCGUGGCCAUGUUCGCUGGUAUCAUGUCGUGGUGGGAAGGCCGCAAGGUGAAGAAGAUUGAAGGUCCGGAGGUCAAGAUUGUUGACACGGUAUAGGCCAAGGAAGCUGUAUUGGUGAGAUACCCAAUCGACUUAAGCGCAUCUAGUUCAAUAGCUUCGUCGAACUUUAGGACGUCUUGAAUUGAAAUAGUAACAUAAUAAUAAGUAAUAUAUCCACCAUCCUGCAUCCACAUAGGGGGUUUUUCGGCGUCUACCCUCCUCGCUUAGAGCCGCCGCAGAAAUUCCACAACAUGUGCCAAAACGCUGGG